UGUGAGCAUCAGCGGUACCAGUGGCUGCUAGCUAGCUUGUCGCCUCGUUCGGUCCACUUGAGCGCUUACGCUUUCGUGACACUUGUAAACAAGUCAGGCGUUCAUCUUUUUUCCAACGACCGAGAUUAAUUUGACGGAGGUGUGAGGGAAUAUGCCCAAGAAUAAAGGUAAGGGAGGAAAGAAUCGGCGGCGUGGAAAGAACGAAAAUGAGUCUGAGAAGAGAGAGCUGGUGUUCAAAGAGGAUGGACAGGAAUAUGCUCAGGUGAUUAAAAUGUUGGGGAACGGCCGUCUGGAGGCCAUGUGCUUUGACGGCGCCAAGCGGCUCUGCCAUAUCAGAGGAAAACUCCGGAAAAAGGUUUGGAUCAACUCGUCAGACAUCAUCCUGGUGGGGCUGAGAGAAUACCAGGACAACAAGGCCGACGUCAUCCUCAAGUACAACGCAGAUGAGGCUCGCAGUCUCAAAGCUUAUGGCGAGCUGCCAGAGCACGCCAAAAUCAACGAGACAGAAAACUUCGGUCCCGGAGACGACGACGACAUCCAGUUUGAUGACAUUGGCGAUGAUGAUGAGGACAUUGAUGAGAUUUAAAGACCUGCCACCAGGGGGCGACAGUGGCAUUUUACUAGAGACGCUCCAGUUGGGAUUUUCUGAACCCAUACAGCACCGCUAACUAUUUCUUAAGAUCAUGCCGAGCCUGUACGGUGUGUUAAUUUUCAGUAGACAUUUCCAUCAGUAGACAUGUUUGUUGUUUCAGAGGGACUUAUGAGUGCUUUGAAUAUGUUAGAAUGAAUAAACAUGAAUGGUGCUUGAGGUAAACGUUCAUGACCAUAGAGCUGGGAUGAGGACUCAAACUAUGUUCAUCACCAGCAUCUUGGAGGAUUUAAAAAAAAAAAUUGUUCCCACCCAACAGAAAGCAAAUUUGUGUUCAGCCAUUAUCUUCUUUGUUCCUUGUCUGCUCCCUUUGGAGGAGGCCAGCAUGUGACUGCAACACAUCACACACAAUGUCUUUUAGAAAAAAUAAAGUAUUUAUAUUAAUUUCACAGCAUGUGGAAUUUAAGGAGAUACAAACAAUUUACAAUUUUGUUUUUCUUCAUUCUUUAUUUUUGCAUCUGCAUCCUCGUUAGAUAUCUGCUGUUUGUUCAGUGUGGCAAAAAGCCAUCCACUAGUUUCAAGAGAACAAUCAAAAAUGUGUUUUGUUUUGUUUUUUUAAUUGCGCCCCUUCUUUUUGUCCACACUGUGUGUGUUAUUGCUGCUCGGCUGCCACAAGCAGCAGUUGGUUCAGGAAACGUGGAAAUCCUCACAUCACCCAAUUACCCUCACGUUAUCUGUACAAAAAAUAAAUCAUAUUUGAACUAUUUUCCUUUGUGUGGCUACUGUUGCUGCACCUCAUUUUUAAAACCGCUGCUCUCUCUUGGUGGCCUGUUGCUGUGAUGUACAGCAGUGUAACUGGUGUGGCGGCCUGGUGUCUAAUAAAGAUCUUAACUCUAA